AUGUUCGGAUAUGCACUGCAGGCUGCCGCCGAUGCAGAAGGAAACGACGAUAUCGUUGAGUUGCUUCUAGACAACCACGGGGCGGACGGCAAUUAUGUCGGAGGCACUUGGGGCACGGCACUACAAGUUGCUUCGGAAGCAGGGUUCAAGAGUGCGAUAUUGCUACUGUUGUCGAGAGGCGCUGACCCUAAUAUCGUGGCUGGUUGGCAUGGUACUGCGCUGCAAGCAGCGGCCUAUAGGGGUUUUCGUAGGAUCGUUGAUAUCUUGCUUGAGCACGGCGCCGAUGUUGAUAUUCAAGGCGGUGCAAGGAACAACGCAAUUCAAGCUGGGAUGGAAGGGCACGAUGGACCAAAUCCGGAACUUGCACAGUUCCUUCAGAGCCAGAGUAAGGCAAGGACAAAUGGGUAG